AAAAAUGAACACGAAGCUCUUGAAGAUCGGGGCCCUGACGGCAGCGCUCCUGAUUCUUGCAGCUUGUGUGGGGCUGUUCCUUGGUCUGUGUUUGAGGGUGCCCCAGGCUCAGCCAGACGGGCACAUCUAUGCAAAGGCAGCAGUGGCCACAGAUGCAGGCCCCUGUUCUGGCAUUGGGAGGGACAUCCUUCAAAAAGGGGGAUCUGCUGUGGAUGCUGCCAUUGCCAGUCUCCUAUGUGUGGGCCUGAUGAACCCCCAUAGCAUGGGUAUUGGAGGGGGCCUUUUUUUCACCAUCUAUUCAGCAGAUGGGAAAGUGGAAGUCAUCAAUGCCAGGGAAGUGGCACCCAAGAAUGCAUCCCAAGACAUGUUUGGCAACAACACAGCUCUGUCUCAGAAAGGGGGAUUGUCCAUUGCAGUUCCAGGAGAAGUCCGUGGCUAUGAAAUGGCCCACCAGCGGCACGGCAAACUGCCUUGGAAGGAGCUGUUUCAGCCCAGCAUCCAGCUAGCCAGAGAAGGUUUUCCUGUUGGAAAAGCCCUGGCCGCAGCCCUGGAGUCCAAGAGGAGUGACAUUGAAAGCAUCCCCUCGCUGUGCGAAGUCUUCUGCAAAAACGGGAAGGUGCUGCAGGAGAAAGAAAUCCUCCUUCUGCCCAAACUGGCCAGCACCUAUGAGGCCAUCGCCAACGAGGGUCCGGAUGCCUUUUACACUGGGAGCCUAGCCCAGCAAAUUGUGGCGGAGGUCCAAAGCGCAGGUGGGAUCCUUACCCUGGAGGACCUGCGGGAUUACCGAGCCAUCCUGGAAGAAAAUCCUCUGAAAGUAAAACUUGGCCAGUUCAGCAUGUAUACGCCCAGUGCCCCGCUAAGCGGUGCUGUGCUGGCCCUGAUUCUCAACAUUCUGAAAGGCUUCCAGUUCUCCAAGAACAGCACCGUGACUCUGGAGGAGAAGGGCCUGACGUACCAUCGCAUCUUGGAAGCCUUCCGCUUUGCCUAUGCGAAGAGGAGCUUACUUGGGGACCCUGCGUUUGUCAACCUCACAGAGGUGAUCAGAAACAUGACAUCCGAGUCCUUUGCUGACAGCUUGCGGGACAAAAUCACCAACACUACCCAUAACGUCAGCUAUUACGAACCAGAUUACUACGCUCCUGAGCAUGCCGGGACGUCUCACAUCUCUGUCGUGGCCGAGGACGGCAGCGCGGUCUCGGCCACCAGCACCAUCAACCAAUAUUUUGGCUCCAAUGUCCGUUCCACUGCGAAUGGGAUCAUAUUCAAUGAUGAGAUGGAUGACUUUAGCUCCCCCCACAUUGUGAAUGGCUUUGGGGUUCCCCCUUCGGAGGCCAACUUCAUUGCCCCGGGUAAACAACCUGUGUCAUCCAUGUGUCCAACUAUCCUGGUGGAUGAGAAGAACAAAGUCAGGAUGGUGGUCGGUGCUUCUGGAGGGACAAAAAUCACGACAGCAACAGCCCUGACAAUCAUCAAUUCCUUGUGGUUUGGCUAUGAUGUUAAGACUGCUGUGGAGGAGCCGCGGGUUCAUAAUCAGUUAUUCCCCCCAAUUACGAUCCUGGAGAAGAAUGUGGAAAAGGAAAUAGAAGAUGACCUAGUGAAAAGGAAACAUGAGGUCCAGAGGAGCAGUGGAGGUGCUGUGGUGCAGGCCAUUCUCUGGACUGAAAAGGGUUGGGCUGCAGCCUCAGAUUCCCGGAAAGGGGGCUUCCCAGCAGGAUAUUAAACUGGCCAGCUACAUACUGCUUAGAAGCUCUGAGCUUGACUGGUUCACCACUUUCUAGAGAUCUCUGGAGCAAAUGAUUUUGUGUCUGUAAUGGUAUAUGAGAAAGACCUUGAGAGAUUGGGCAAAUUUCAACAGAUGCUGCUUAGGGAAUGGUCAGAUAAGAGGAGACAUAGCCCAGAGCUGCAUGAUGGAUAGGGCAAGAGGUUCAGAAGGGACCCUCCCUAACUUCUCAGGCUGUAAAGGAGACGGUGGGAGAUGUGUACUUUCAUACUUGCAAGGUUCUGUUACUGUAGCUUUACAGUGAAGUAGAAUUAGCUUACAGUAUACGGCCGUGUUUUCUGUCUGGUCCACCUGGGAAGGCUGACAUCAAUCUUGCAAGUCUCAUUCUCUCUUCCAAAGAUAGGAAUUUCAGGAAUGGCCUCUGAUCCUCAAGGAACCCCGCUAUCUGCCAAGCACCCGGCAGCAACGUUGUCGCAGCACCAGCAGCAAGUGGAUGCACAGAUGACCAAUUUGCAGAAUGCCAUGAUACAAGUAACGCAGCAGUUGGUGCAGAAUUUGCCUCAAUCCACAGCAGCACAACAGAUGACAGCUCAGCCAAUGCUCCUGUAUUCUCAGGGGAGCUUGCCAGAGAAGCUAGGGAGGGCCCUUUCUCCACCCAUCAUGCAGCUGUGGACUAUGCCCCCUCUUAUCUGACCCUUUCCCAGGCAGCAUCUCUUUGCCCUGUCUCUCAGGGUCUUUCUCACAUACCAUUACAGUGUCUCAUAAGUGUGGAUUGUGUGGUAGAUUUAUAAUGAACAUAGGACAAAGAGAUGACCAUGGGACAAUUGUUCAUUGCUUCGAUGACAAGUACUGUAUGAGACAACAUCUGUGAAUAUAGAAAUGAAAAAAAAAUCCAGCUGUUGGCAUCA